GCUUCCGCCUGGGCUGCAUCAAGAAGCUCCCGGCUCGAGCUCCCGGGCGAGCCGCUCCGCGGCGGUGGCCCGCCUCGGCCCCCCCGGGCCACCCACGGCCCCAUGGUCGCCGCAGGCGACGAGCACACCGUGCUCCUGAGGAGCGACGGGGCCGCCGUGGCCUGCGGCCGGAAUGGAUACCAGCAGUGCGACCUCCCGGCGCUGGGCGAGGGCCUGGCGUACGUGCAGGUCGCCGCAGGCGGCGCGCACACCGUGCUCCUGAGGAGCGACGGGGCCGCCGUGGCCUGCGGCAGCAAUCAAUACCAGCAGCGCGAUCUCCCGGCGCUGGGCGAGGGCCUGGCGUACGUGCAGGUCGCCGCAGGCGGCGUGCACACCGUGCUCCUGAGGAGCGACGGGGCCGCCGUGGCCUGCGGCAUCAAUCAAUACCAGCAGUGCGACCUCCCGGCGCUGGGCGAGGGCCUGGCGUACGUGCAGGUCGCCGCAGGCGGCGUGCACACCGUGCUCCUGAGGAGCGACGGGGCCGCCGUGGCCUGCGGCAUCAAUCAAUACCAGCAGUGCGACCUCCCGGCGCUGGGCGAGGGCCUGGCGUACGUGCAGGUCGCCGCAGGCGGCGUGCACACCGUGCUCCUGAGGAGCGACGGGGCCGCCGUGGCCUGCGGCAUCAAUCAAUACCAGCAGUGCGACCUCCCGGCGCUGGGCGAGGGCCUGGCGUACGUGCAGGUCGCCGCAGGCGGCGUGCACACCGUGCUCCUGAGGAGCGACGGGGCCGCCGUGGCCUGCGGCAUCAAUCAAUACCAGCAGUGCGACCUCCCGGCGCUGGGCGAGGGCCUGGCGUACGUGCAGGUCGCCGCAGGCGGCGUGCACACCGUGCUCCUGAGGAGCGACGGGGCCGCCGUGGCCUGCGGCUGGAAUGUAUUCCAGCAGUGCGACCUCCCGGCGCUUCGAACCCGCUGGGCGCACUGGCUGCGGUGGCAGCCCUGCCUCCGUUACGUGGCGUGCCGCCACUGGCCGCCCAGGGCAUUGCCGGCGCCGGACGCGUCGCCCUCGGCGUUGUUCCGCGUCCCCGAGUCCAUCGACCUGGCUGCUGCAAACGAGCUCCAGGCUGCUGUCCGCAGGCGCGCGAUGGCCUUGUGUGGCAACGACCUGAGGGCCUACUACCCCAAGAUCGUGCUGUCGUACGCCACUGGCUCGCGAGGAGGCUGCGACGGGCAGGGGGCGGGCCCGGGAGUUGUGCACGUGUCGGCCCUCAUGCAUGCACUGUUCGACGCAGACCUUCCGUGCUACUCUGGCUUGACCCUGCCAGUUGGCCGGAACUGGGAAGUAUCCAAUGCGGUUGGUUAAGCGCGGCGAGCCGCAAGCCAGAGUUCUCAUCGCAUUGUUGACACCUGCCUUCUAUGAAUCCGGCGCAUGCUUGCAGGAAGUGAGUCUGGCCGCGGAGUUCGGCAUCGAAGUGGUUCCUCUGCGAUUUGAAGAUGGGCUCCCUGGACGACGGCUGCAGUGGCCCAGCGCCUCGGGGGAAGACGAGGAUCUCAUGGUAGAAAGGGCUCAGCGUGCUCUGAGCGGCCGCAACACGAUACCACCGCGUGGGAUCUUCGCGCAGAACCUCGAGAUUAACCUGGAAGAGCUGAGACGCGUGCUGCGCACGUUGCUUGACUGAACGACGAGGGCGGAGGCGAGGGAAGGCGCGGGGGGGAGGGGAACUACGCGUUUUUGUCUGGCUCUUGGCUCGUGCUCUUUUACAUGAUCGUUACGAUGGACAACGCUAGGGCCUCCAACUCUCACCCGCGCAUCUGUCGCGUUUAUUGGCAACUGACCUGAUUAUGUCGAGCAAUCACCUCGCUCAUCUGGUGUGAGCUCUCGAAUGGCUUCGUCCAUCGCACGGUGCAAGGUACGCAGCAUGCAGCUCCGCCACAGGAGUCCUCCCCGUCUCUGCACGUCUCCCCUAUCCUCUCCUCGAACCUUCAUGCUUCAGUGCCUUCGUUCUGCCGUAACUGCAUUGGCCCAUGGCUUUGACCACAGGCUCAAGCGUUGUGGCCCGCCCACAGCACGAACACAUGUCAGGAGGGAAAAAACACAGUGGGCCCCGCUACGCGUAACUUGUGCAUCUUUGAUGUGCUAUCAUUACGCUUCGCUUGUUGACGAUUCGGUAGUCGACAUCCAGGAGACACUCGGGAGCACAGUGCAGGCGCGAUGUUUCUUCCUGGUCAACGGUUGUGACGUAGUCCUGUUCUCUCUCUAUUCUCGCAGUUCUUUUGGACGUGGACGGGUUGGGACCGCGUCCUUCGGGCAGGGAUGGCAUCCCGCUCCAUUGUCUCGCAGUUUGUCUUGGUUCAAGAUGCAACUGCAGCUGUUAGAAUGUGACAGACCACUCUCUCUCUCUGGCUUCCUCCCUUUCUUCAUUUUGUACUCUCUAUCUCUCU